AUGUCGAAACUGGGAAGCCUUAAAGUUCCAUCGGUCAUUAAGAAAAGACGAAUCGAUCAUGGUUUGCCAACAUUUAGCUGGAAUUCAUUAAGAAACGUGGAGGAAAUUGGCAGUGGUAGCUAUGGAUCUAUACACCGCGCAAUUUAUGACAAGGAGACAGUUGUUGUUAAAAAGCUUAAAGGCAAAUCGUCAAUUGCUAAAGACCUAUUUCUUAAGGAAGCAAAGUUGCUUUUUGGGGCAAUUGCCAUAAAGCCGUACGAUCUAGUAUUAGUGACGAAGAUGAAUAGGGAAUGGUCAGAUAAGUACAGGAGAGAGACGCCAGAGUUUCCAGAAUGUGUACUUUCACGUAAAUCUCCGCUGUAUUAA